CUAACCACAGACUAUAUCCGAACCAUAGACCGCAACUCUCACCAGCUUGUCUACCUAACACAAAAAAAAAUCGAAACCACAGACUAUAGAGACAUCCUUGAAGUAGACGUAAAAAAAGAAGAAUCAGACAUAGACAAUUUCAUCCCAGAGUCUGACGAAUUGAAAAUAGAAUAUGAAAUCAAAGACAAACUAGAAUGCAUAGACAAUGAUGGAGAUUUCAGUGAUGACAACACAGAACAGAUAUUUGUUGCCACAAAUCCGGUGAGAGAUGUAAAAGUUAGAAAGGGAAGGAAGAAAAAAACAAAAAUAGAAGAGAAGAGAGUUAAGAAGAAGAUAAAGAAGAGGACGUCAGAUAAUGAUUAUUUACCGGACUUCGAUUUUGCUAAGUUUGAGAGUAGUUAUAGUGUUGAAAUUAUUGCUUUGACAAAGGAGCAGCAGCUGGAAGAGAUUCGGGCGCGCAAGCAGAGCGCCAACUACCAGUAUGCGGCGUACAAGUGCGAGGAGUGCGGGAAGGGGUUCAUGGCCAACGACGCUUAUAACAACCACAAGAUACGACACAGCCCGAGCAUGGGCGCGCACGCGUGCGAGAUCUGCCUGGUGCGCUUCAAGCGCCAAUCUCGACGGCAGGAGCACCAGGACCUGCACCGACUGAAGUUCCUCUGCAAGGAGUGCAGCUUUGUAUCUAGGAACAGAUAUCAAGCGAAGAAGCAUUUCGAGUGGCACUCCGGCAAGAUCCAUGUGUGCAAACACUGCGGGGCCAGCUUCACCAAAAGCUCAACAUACUUGUCGCACGUGCGUCUGCAGCAUCCUGCGAUGAAUGUGGCAUGCGACGUGUGCGGCGAGACUUUUGUGGGGCGACUGGGACUGUUGCAACACAAGUCAAGGGCACACCAGGCGGGGUGCCGCUGCGCGCGGUGCGGCGCGCAGUUCGGCGGCGCGGAGGCGCUGGCGCGGCACGAGCCCUGCGACCCACGUGCCAGGCCGUGUCUAGUGUGCGGCGAGACGUUGUCCACACAAGAAGAAUUACAAGCGCACGUCGACGAACGACACAGCACGGACCAGUUCAAAUGCGUACAGUGUGACAAAACCUUCGCAAGCUCGAAAUCCUACGAAGUGCAUCAUCAACGAGUGCAUCUGAACGUGCGGUGGCGAAAGUCGCGCGACAAGCGAGCGCGACGCACUCACACCGACCCGCCCAAGCGCAAGGAGGCUAUGUGCGAGGUCUGCGGGAAGGCGUGCGAGUCGAACGCGGCCCUGGUGUACCACCAGCGCUCCCACACCGGCGAGCGGCCCUACAAGUGCGCGCAGUGCCCCAAGUCCUUCACCAUGCCGCAGGCGCUCAUAAACCACCAGCUGGUGCAUUCGGACGAGCGGCCGCACAUGUGCUCCGUGUGUCCGAAGGCCUUCAAGCAGAAAGUGGCGCUGCAGCUGCACAGCCGGGUCCACACCGGCGAGCGGCCGUACAAAUGUUCGCUGUGCGACAGUUCGUUCAAGCAGGGCCCGCACCUGCGCACGCACGUCAAGCUCAUGCACCUCGCGCCCGAGCGCCGCCCGCGCCGAGCGCUCUAGCCGCCACUCUGAGCUCGUUGCAACCGUCCUGAUAACUAGAUGACGAUCAGGCCAGGGAUCGGAGCCAGCUAUUUUCAACAAACUUCGAAAUAACCAUAUAUU